AUGUCGUGGGCCCCCUCCAUUCUGAUCUUGUCACUCUGGAGUUGGAUCAUUGUUGGACGUGGACAAAGUUUGGGGGGCUCCGCCCCUGAUGAUCGAGGGCAGGCUGCCAAGCCUGAAACUGUUCUGCAGUACGGCAUCAGUUUGGAGCUCAAGUCGAGAGUGCCUGAUGCUCUUUUGAGCUCUCCUCUGCUGGCGCACUCGGACUCCCUAUGUCUCAACUACAAAUCGUUUCACCUUCGCCACCCGUCGUACUUCCCAGCAGCUGCCAUUCGGCAUGGUCACUUCCCGUCAGCAUAUAUCCAACACGAGAAUAAACCGGGCUACUACGAAGGUGUUGAAGAGGAUGCGCUCGUUCUGAGGGACUGUCAGCAGUAUGUUCUGCAGGGCAACUUGACCUUGUGUGGAAAUCUGCAUGUCGACGGCCGCCUCAGCGUCAUGCCUGGAAGUGUCCAGAUUGGUGGAACUUUGACAGCCACUGAAGUGCUGCUAGAUUCCGGAGCAGAGGUGCUUGUUGGGAUGCGAGGAGCGCGAGAGGCUGUUCGCGCGACCUUGACGGGCCAGCUUCCUACCAGUGACGGACAGGAACCCCCGCCUGCAAAUAGGGGGAAGGACAUGAAACAGCCUAUGUCGGCCGAAGAAAUUGAGGAGAAAAUUCAAAAGAAACGCGGCAGGCCAAUAAAUCAUCUGGUCUUCUUCCGCCGCACGUACGAGCCGAUGGACAAGUGGGUAGCAAGCGACCAGGCGACUCUGCAGGCAGCAGGACUGGCCUACUCCGAUUCAAAUAGGAAGAAAACUCUUUCCGUGGAAAUCAACUGUCCAAUAUUGGACACGGAUGGUGUGCCGGCGAUUGACGGCUACAGUGGCGAAGCUGGGAUUGCCGACGGAUCGCUGGAUUGGUCGGAAUCGCCUGCUCCGCUCGGGGAUAUUGUAGUUGGCAAGCUUGUUAUCUCUCGGUCAUCACAACUGGUCGUCUUUGGUAAUAUCCGUGCUGACACGUCAGAGAUAUACGGGGCGUCAAGACUGAACUCUGUUUGCGGCAACUAUUUGUCGGAUACGGGGUCGGCAGGGCUGAUCGCCAGAGACGCCUCAAUCGUCACGUUAGGAGGUCUCAGCCUGAACUUAUUUAGUAACUUGUAUGUCCGAGGUGGUUCCUACUUCUAUCAAACCGGCCCAGGACAGAUCGCAUUCGACACUCAAGCUUCCGCCAGCGACCUCUACUUCACAAGCAAUCUUUUGACGACAUCGAUGGUCCUUGACAAUCUGUCGGAAGCUGUAGUUGGCGGUUCUCUGGAUGCGAUUAGUUUGGUUUCCCUUGUGGAAGCCUCAGAACUUCUAGUCAUGGGGGGCUUCAACUCGACAGCACUAACGCUUUUUGACGGCUCUAAUGCCAGGAUUGCCGGCAGAGUUUUUGACGCCGGUUUCGUAAAGCUAGAAUCAAACGGCUUCCUUCAUGCGGCACCUACCGAGACAGCCCACGUAAGGCAUGCGCUGAAAGUAGCACACAGCAGCACAAUGGUAUUUGACCGAGUGCCUUUGCUCGUGGUCGAUGGGAUGGUAGAAGUUACCAAUUCGGAUCUACAGGUUAAACAGGGCGGGUUGGUCGCUCGAAGCAGCAUUAUUUUGAACGAGGCUCACUUACAGGUCAACGGCAGCCUUGCCGCUACAGGGAGAUACUUCGCUGGGGAGGACGGGAUAACUCGAGAGGAGCUCGAAACGGAGCAUUCACCGACCCCUGACGAGGAUACAAGCAGUGAGCUUGACUCGUCAGGCGAAGCAGACACGGAAGACGAAUACGUAUUUUCUGGCAAAGAAACUCCUGAGGUCACCAGUAUGGAUGAUGGGACCACGAUUGCUCCUUUGUCUGAGAUCGCGCUGCCAGAAAAAAGUGGUGGACGUGGUGGUGCUCAAGACAGCUCACCAAUGAAGAAGCAGGCAGCUAUCCGGUACCACCUGGAGGAUGACGAUGAAAUAGACCGUAGCCCAAGGCUCACUGCCGCCGCUGAAUGGCACAACAUAACGGGGCUACUUCCGACUAACAGACGACUCGCUGAACAUGAAGAUCAGUACCUGCUAUCGGGAUACCUGAAUCAGACGGAGGUCGAAAGCAAAACCAACAGAAACGGGGAGUCACCCCCUGGGACUGCCGAUGCCCAGGGCAUGCACAAGGCGGCGAAUAUUCCAGUGUUCAACUCGGAUGGAGAAGAUGUGUCCUUGACAGAUGACAUGCUUAGCAACGUGGAAGAAAAAAACUCCACACGUGUUCGACUCCCAGCCCUGGCAGCUGUCCGGUCGUCGAUACUCGUCGGGGGUCAGGUGUACCUCAACAACACUUUCUCUCAACUCGCAGGCAGAUCCAAACUGACUGUUUUUGGGCAGGGAGGGAUUCGCGUUUCCGGCGGAGGCAGCCUUCAACUUUUCAAGGGUGGACUGAUAGAAGUGAGGCUCGGCGACGUAACGGUCGACAGUGUUCUCUCACUUCUUGUGCACAGCAACCUUGAGGUCCACAGAGGGAGCAUCUACUGCGGAGACCUCUACGUCAGAACAGGGAGCACGCUUGCUGGCGCCAGUGGAGAUCUCAUGGUUAACGGAGGAGCCGAAAUAAGUGGCGGGGCAGAAGUUAGGGUUCGACACUGGCUCACUGUUCAGCGAGAGGGUCUGCAUGUGAUGAACGGAGCAGUCGUCUCGGCAGAGGCAAUCGGAUCUGCGUACGGAGAUAUUUACUGCGGCGCCGGGUCUGUCGUUCAGUCAAUCAGCGGAGAGAUUAUUGCGCAGCGUCAUAUCAUUGCGCAAGACAGAUGCAAGAUUUUGGCACAAACCUACAUUCUUGCGAAAGAAGGUAUAAUUUCACUAGAAAAUCGCGGAUAUGUAGAAGCGAAAGACACCGUGCUCGCGCCGGACGGCGGUGUCCGGAAAACAAUUGAGUCCGAGAUCAAGUUGGGUCGAGGCCACGUCGAUGUGCAGGUGGGUGAUACGUACAUGCCGACGGGGACAAUGCAGCUCGCUUCACCGAGUCAGAGGAAGCCUGGCUCUCCCUAG